AUGAGAAAAUCAACUAAAUUAUUCUUCUGUGCAUCAGGAAUAUUUAUUAGUUAUUUUUUUUAUGGCAUCGCUCAAGAGAAAAUUACUCGUGGCAAAUUUAGCAUCGAUGGUACUACAGAUAAAUUUACAUUUUCAACCUCUUUAGUGGCUCUCCAAUGCUUGGCUAAUUUGCUCAUUGCUCGUGUCGGUGUACAGCUUGCUGGAAAGACGAGUAGCGAAACGCCUUCGCACUGGUAUUUCAUGCUAUCUUUGACAUAUAUUGGAGCCAUGACAGCUAGUAAUAAGGCUUUAAUAUUCAUAAACUAUCCCGAACAGGUUUUGGGAAAAGCAUGCAAACCAAUUCCUGUCAUGAUACUUGGGGCUUUAAUUGGAGGAAAACGAUAUUCCUUAACGAAAUACUUAUCUGUUCUCCUUAUUGUCUUUGGAAUUGUAGUCUUUAUGCUUUACAAGACGCAGAGAUCUGAACAUACAUUUAAAGCCAAUUUCGGCAUUGGAGAAUUAUUACUACUAAUAUCAUUAGCGUCAGAUGGAAUUACUGGUGCUAUUCAAGACAAAAUGAGAGCUAGGGCAAAUGUUGGCGGUUACGAGAUGAUGUAUCAUACCAAUUUUUAUUCUACCAUCUUAUUACUUAUCAUGGUAUCAUUUGGUGAUGGGUUGGAAUUUAUCUCAUUUUGUUCACGUCAUCCAUCUUUGUACUGGUACGUUCUUGGGUUCUGCAUUACUAGCGCAAUUGGACAGAGUUUUAUCUUUGAGUGUAUUUCUGCAUUUGGACCGUUAACCUGUGCCCUAAUUACUACCACCAGAAAGUUCUUUACUAUUUUAUUUUCCGUUAUUAUAUUUUCAAAUAAAUUGGUUACGCAACAAUGGAUUGGAGUAUUGCUCGUCUUUGCAGGACUGUUCGCGGAUGCCUUUUUCGGCAAAAAAAAAACUCCGAUUCUGAAAUGA